GCAGAAAUUAAAGCGGGAAGGAAGCGAAACCCUCCGGAAGGCGGUUAUGGAAUUCGAGUGUUCAAAUCUGAGUCUGUGGAAGGAAGCCCUCUCUUCCUAUCAACCUCGCAUAGAAUCUCUCAACAAACCCAACUUGGUUUCUCUUGAUGAGUUUUACCGCAACCAGCUACCGUCUCUCCUCCGCCGCCGGAACCCUAAUCCCCACCUCACCACCUCCGAGCUCUCCGAUCUCAUGCGAUGGAAGCUCACACGUGGCAAGUGGCGGCCGAGGUUGUUGGAUUUCGUUUCGGCAUUGGACGAUUCGGUGGUGAAAUCGGCCUCCGAGAAGGCGUUCCGGUCGCUUCCGGAUUUGUCAAAGGCGGUGAAUGAGCUCACCGUGCUCAAAGGCGUGGGUCCGGCCACAGCCUCGGCUGUUCUGGCAGCCUAUGCGCCGGAUGUGGCGCCUUUCAUGUCCGACGAGGCUAUGGAGGCGGGUCUUGGUAAUAGCAAGGACUAUUCACUCAAGCAGUAUCUGUUGUUUGCGGAUAAGUUACAGAAGAAAGCGAAGGAAUUGAGUGCAGAAGGGGAAACCUUCACACUAUCAGAUGUAGAAAGGGCUUUAUGGAGUUGUGCUGUAGGGGCUAAAUUGCUAUCUUCACAGUCAGAUCCAGACCCCAAAGUUACUGAUAAAACCAAAAACCCCAAGAAGAAGAGAAAACGCUGAUUCGCUUGAGUUAUAACAUUGAAUAGAUCCCAAAUGAACUGUAUCAGUCCAAGACCAUUAUGUGUAGUAACAUCUGUCUCGUUCUUCUACUUUGGAUUCCUGAAACUAUAAAGUUUGUAGCGACCUUAAACUUUAUUUUGGUCAAAUGGUUUGGGUGAUCAGUUUUGAUAGAGUUGUAGAAACGCAAUUCCAAAAUUUCAGUAAUGAUGCAACUUCAUUGUUCAACUUAGUGGAAUCUUUGCCAUUCUGUCAUUUGUGGUGG